CCCCCCCCCCCCGGGGCCACCGGGGCUCGGGCCGGGCGGGCCGGCAAUGGCGGCUUGGGAGUGGGGCGCGGGGAGCGGCGGGGAGGAGGCCGCGGAGGCCGGCGCCGACGCGGCCGCGGAGGAGGUGAGCACCGUGGUGGUGGCCGGGCUGCCCCCCGACGCCACCCCGCGGGAGGCGGACAACCUGUGCCGGUUCAUGCCGGGCUUCGUGCACUCCAAGGUGGACACGAAGAAGGGCAUCAUGCUCUUCGUCCGCUUCGACUCCGCCCUGAACGCCCAGGCGGCGAUCGGGGCCAUAGCGGGCCACAUGUUCGACAGGAGCCAGCCGGGCGAGCCGCUCCGGGCGCAGAUGGCGAGGAGCAACAUGCGCUCGACGAACGCCCCGCCCGCCAGCGCUGGCGCGGGCUGGGGCGGCGGGCCGCCCCGGCGGGUAGCCCCGCCUGCGGGGGGCUAUGGGCAGGGGGGCUACGGCCACGCCUCGUCCUGGAGCCAGCCCUCCAAGAGGCCCAGGGAGGAGUCGAUGCCGCACGCCGCCAACCCUGGCGAGGUGGACACCCUGGUCUGCAUUGGGGCCCACGAGCUCGGCUACGACGAGCAGUCCCUGGAGGUCUUCUUCAGUUCCCUCGAUGGCUUCCUAACUUUCAAGCACAAUCAGAAGAUGGGCGGCGGGUUCGUCAAGUUCGCCUCCACGGAGUGCGCAUCCGCGGCGAUUGCGGCCGCGCAGGAGAACAACGUCCCCGCCAAGUGGGCCAAGAGCAGCAUGGGCAGCCCCGCGAAGGGCGGGUGGGGCUCCGGCGGGGACGGCUACGGCAAGGGCGGGGACGGCUACGGCAAGGGCGGGCACGCCUACCCCGCGGGCCAGCCCCCCCCGCCGAGGACGCCGCCGCCGGGGCCGCCGGCGAAGAGGGCGCGGGGCGUGGAGAACCCCAGCAGCGUGGACACGGUGGCGUGCGUCGGGGCGCUGGAGGCCGGCUAUGACGAGUCCAUGCUGGUGGCGUUCUUCUCUGCUCUGCAGGGGUUCGUGACGUUCAAGCCGAAUCCGCGCAUGGGCGGCGGGUUCGUCAAGUUCGACGCGCCACAGUUCGCGGCCGAGGCCGUGGGCGCAGCGCAGGCGGAGGGCAUCCCCGCCGCCAUCGCCCGCACCAGCAUGGCCGCGAGCUGAUUGCGGGCGCCGGCGGGCCCGGCGCGGUUCCUCCUUGGCCGACGACUUGGUGUCUUCUUCUUGCCUGUCCCACGCGUGUGCUCUCUCCGCCCCGUCCUCGCCACGUCCUCCUCCCGGCCGGGGCCCCGGGACCCCGACUCCGCGCGCGCUCGCCGCCCGGCCCCGCCCGCCCACGAGCCCGCCGCCGCGGGGAUCGCGACCGACAUCUCGCGCCGGAGCCAGACUUCCACAUGCGGCCCCGAUCGUUGU